CCGAAGCCAAAAGCUUUCUAGACCAACUGGGCAAAUAAUAAUUAUAAUUUAUGUGUAAUUAAUAAUUGCAUUCUUUUGGGAUAUAUGUGCUGGUAUUCUUUAAUUUGUGGCUAUUCGGUAAAUUGUCUGUGUGUGUUGUGACUGUCAUAGUCAUUAAUAUGUGAUAUAUUAUUUCUUGUUUGCGUUAAAAAUUUUAUUUUAAAUAAUAUAUCUUGUGUGCUGUAUUGUACUUGUGACAAUAGUCGAUUCAGAAAAUUAUUCUGUUUUAAGUUAUUUUAACUUAGAGAAUAAAAUAAUUGUACAUACUUAUUAAGACGAGGCUUCCGGUUUAUCUAAUGUCUAUUGAAGCUUAUAAUUUUAUUACAAAUUUUUGUUAUUUUGCAUGGUUCUUGUUAGUAGCGUGAACUAUAUGUAAGUAACAAUAUUGAAAACUAAUCUUAUUAUAUGCUUCUUUUAAUUCUGGUAAUCCUAACCUAAUGGAUAGCCAAAACGGUUCAUCUGAUGGGGAGGAUAUUCCUAGUGAUUUCUUUGAUGAUUUCGCUAAAGAGGACUUCAUAGAAGGUCUAAGUGUGGUCGAUAGUUGGGACGACUCCGAUAAAAAACCGCAUCCCUUACGUACCCGAAUCAAAUCUGAAGACGUCAACAAAGUUAAAGAUCUGAGAGAUCUCAUAGAUCGAGACAAGCAGGGUGACAAAAUCAUAAAGGAAAGGUACAGGUGGAGGCGAAUUGCAGCGCAGCCUAGCAAGAGUACAGUUGAAGAACGUCGAUCUGGCAGCGCAACCCGCAUGGAUAGCUACAUCAAACCAGGCAGUAGACGAGACCCCAACAAAACAAAUAAAGCUAUCAAGAAAGACAAAGAAGAAAAAGUCAAAGAGUACUUAGCCAAGCAUCUUGAGUCGAGUGAUGACAUACGCCCUCCUGGAACAGAACUAGACGAUUUUUUCGAAGCUAAAAAAGCUGAAAAUAAAAAGCAACCUCCAGAAGCAAAAGCCAUCAUUGUGUCGCCACCUAAAGAACGUGUGAAAAUUCGGCGAGAGUCACCUAUGAAGCGUAGGGAAUGCCCUCCAUUCAGACGGCAGCAUUGGAGUCCAAGGCGCCCACACGGUCCAGCUCACAGUCCACGAAGGAGUCCCUGGAGAAGUCCACGUUGCAGUCCGCGUCGGAGUCCUCGACGCUUCAGCCCUCGCCGCAUGAGUCCUCGGCGGGGCAGCCCUCAACGCUUCAAUCCCCAGCGUCUGAGCCCUAGUAGAAUCUUCUUCAAACAUCAAAGACACAUUUCACGACAAUACGCUAGACCAAGCCCUGACUUUCGUCGCCGUAAAUCUAGAUCACCAGUGAAGCGGUCCUUUCGGAGGUCACAUUCACGCUCGACUCAUUUCAGAGAUCAGGGAUUUGGGGAUCGAGAAAUCCAUCGUCGGUCAAGGUCACUGUCUCAAAAUAGAAUACAAGUGAAUGAUGAUUUUCUGUAUCCAAAAAAUUACUACCCACCCGAAUUCGUCACUGAUAAAACUGAUAUCCAAUAUUCUGGUCCUCCAGCACCGAACUACACUGAACCCAUGAUUGUGGAAUAUCCUGGAGAGGCGCCUUCAGGAUUUUCAUAUCCACAAGGUGCCCCAUACGCUGGGUAUGCAGCUCCAUAUGAAUAUGGAGCUCCACCAGCAACACAAAUGGUAAUGCCAGUUCCUCAGCCUGUUCCUGCUCCAAUUCUCCCACCUAUCCAUACUCCAAUAGAUAUGACUCAUGCUGUAGCUCCAGUCAUGGUGCCCGCCCCUCAACAAGUGACAACACCAAUGAUACCCAACAAUUCAUUGACACCUCAUCUGACAGAACCUCUUAAGACGCAACCGGCCGAUGCGUUGGCAAAACUUGUAGCUGAUGGGAUAAUCUCACAUGAAGAUUAUCUAAAGCUGGUGCCAAAUAAAGGAGCUAUGCACACUGCUGAUACAAAUACUGGGGCAGCAAUUUUGAGUCGCUGCAACACCGCACUAUCCAAAAUAGGAAAUAUUAUGGUGCCAACAAGACUGAUAAUCAACAACAAUAUGCUAACUGCUGGACCGGAAAAAAAUGUAACCCGAAAGUUCUCUUCUCCGUUGAAACGACAACAAAACAUGCAGUUUCACUUCACGAAGACCGAUUCUUCGACUGUCACACAGCGAAACAAACAGAUAGUUGAAAGCCUCAUCUCAACGUUGAAUGUCGAAAAUGUCGUCGGAAAGCGGAGGAAACCACAAAAGGAAACUAAAGAUGCUGAAACGCAGACAACGAAGCCCUUUUGUGACGUUUGUGAAAUUCGUGAAUCAACAACAUUUAACGAGAUGGGCACUUGUAUUGAUCGCGAACACAUUUUUUCAUCCGUACAAACCCAAGUAGUAGAUCACGAUCUGGUUAGUUCUAAGUCAGUGUUUAAUCCCAGUGUUAAUGUACCCGAUAGUGCUCCGAUGUCAAUAGCUCACCUGACUCCGGCGCAGUUGGUGUCGCAGCUUGCGGCUCGAGCCAAGACUCUGAAGAACACAGACUCUCAGCCCUCAAAUCAGUAUAGAAGUCAAAAUAACUACGAAGGGCGAGCCGGCGGCAGUCAGUACCAGCAACAAGGAAACAAAAAUUAUAAUUAUAGGUCGCCCUCACCUUAAAGGCCUAUCAAUAGACGAAACACUUGCGGACUAUUGCGUAUUUAAGUUCGCACAUUUUGAGUCGAGCCAAAUGCGAAUGACGUCAGCAGCACUCGUCAAAACGAUGGCGCAGGCAGUUGUUCUACUGCUGUUCAUCAAAAUAUUCAGUACUUGAUGUUAGAAAAAUCUUGCUUAUGAAGUUGUACGUACUAUUGUCUGCUGAUUAGAAGUGUACCAAGUACUGCAACGCGUGCAAGAUCAGUAAAAAUCUCAUCAUUAUGGAUCAGCGUGCAGUGCAGUAGCUGAAAUCAACUCAACACAACGACCCUCAAGUGGACUCAACUCAACGACCCAGCAUUCGUAGAAUUAUCAAAUAGACUUGAAACUUCAGCCCAACGCAUGCAGAAUCACAAAUGGAAUCAACUCUGCGGCCUGCACAGGAUCUGAAAUGGACUCGACUCAACAGCCUAGCAUACGUUGGUUUAAUCUAAACUACAGUCUAGCGCAUGCAGAAUCGCAAAUGGAUUCUACUCUACGGCUCAGCUUGCACAGGAUCUCAAGUGGACUCUCCUCAUCGGCCGUACACGUAGGAUUUGAAAUGGACUGGAAUCUACAGCCCACCCCAGCAUUACCUAUGCGGGAUCCAUCCAUCACGUGCAUUGUUAUUUGUGGAGACAUUCAGUGUCUAGCAGCAUUUAAACAUCUUCAAGAGUUCAAGAGAAGAGCUACUUUCCUCACAAGAAAAUACGAGCUUCAUGAAGGACUGAUGAAGACAGCGCGCGUCAAAAAGCAAAAAUUGCACUUGAUCGAUUUAGUCACACGACUAAAGUUGAGCGCGCAAUUUUUUAAAGCGUAACUGCUAUCAACCAAUCACACGAUAUUCUUGAUCAAACCGAUCCAAUAAUUCUUGUGUUUAGUUGGUCGCUAAGCAAAAUUUUCAAGCCUGCAAACGCAAUUUAGACGGGUUAGUUAAAAUACCUUUUGCUUACAAUAUUUCGCGGCGUGCACUAUAAUCAAUCGAAUGUGAUUUUUUUUCUCCCAAAUCAUGUAAAUUGGUGUUUACGAUAAAUAAAUGUUUAAACAUUA